ACAGUCUAAGCAUUAAAGAAGUUAAAAUAUUCAACACACCCAUCCUCUGUUUCUUUCAUACAGUAGUGUGAUCUGACUUCAAGAAAACGCAAAAAUUAUUAAGACUUUAACUCACAUAACUAGUUAGUCAGUCAUUAUAGAGACAGGAUGGAGCUCAGUCCUCUCCCUGUGAUGCUCUUGUUGGUUUUACUUGUGCAAGCGUCCCAUGCUCAAGGGAGGCCUAAAGCUGUGGUGUCCAUAAAGCCUGAUACACACGUGUUCAUUGGAGAGAGUGUUACUCUCAGAUGUAAAAUACAGGGAGGAGGAGACACUUACUGGUCAUACAGCUGGUAUAAGGAUAGUAACAUACCCUAUAAAUAUGAAAAAUCAUUUACAAUCUGGUCUGCUGGAAAUUCUGACAGUGGUGACUACAUCUGCGGAGAGUACUAUAAUCAGGUAGAGAUCAGUGCUGCUGUUAGACUGACUGUAUCAGAAAAACCCCAACCGACUCUGAGCGUGAAUCCUCAGAACCCAGUCUACACUGGAGACACCGUCACUCUGACCUGUGAGCUGAACCAGGGCACUGGAUGGGGGUUUCACUGGAACAGAAAGAAUCAGCAGAAUUUGGGCACUGAACAGGAACACACCAACACACUCAAGCUAACAGCCAAUAAUGCAGGAGAGACAGUGUAUCAGUGUUUUGCACGCAGGCAUAACCCCUGGGCAAACAGAUACAGAUACUACGACACAGAGUACAGUAAUGAAGUCACGAUUACUGCAAGAGAGAGACCAAAGGCAGUACUGAGUGUAUCUCCACAGAGCUGGCUGACUGAAGGAGACUCAGUGACUCUAAACUGUGAGGUUACAGACUCCUCUACAGACUGGACAUUCAGCUGGUACAGAGAGGCUCACCACAGAGACGGCUUAAUUCAAAUACAUAGUAAUCAUAACUCUAUCAUGUAUGUGGAGCUCCUCUCAGACAGCAGCAGAGGAUCUGGAGGCUCCUACACUCUCAGUCCUGCUGCUCUUAAACACACAGGAGUUUAUGUGUGUAGAGGAGAGAGAGGAGAACCAGCCUUACACACACAGUACAGCAAUCUACAGCCACUAUGGAUCACUGGUGAAUCUCCUCCAGUCUCUCUGAUCAUCAAUCCCAACAGAACUCAACACUUUACUGGUCACUCUCUCUCACUGAGCUGUGAGGACCAGAGACACUCUACUGGAUGGACAGUGAGACGAUACACACACAGUGGAGUAGUUACAGGUUGUCCUGGAUCAGUUACAGGAUCUACAUGUAAAAUCAGCUCCCUCCUCCGGUCCCACACUGGAGCUUACUGGUGUGAGUCUGAAUCUGGUAAAAACAGUAAUCCUGUCAAUAUCACAGUGUAUGAUCGUUAUGUGAUUCUGGAGAGUUCUGUCCAUCCUGUGACUGAGGGACAUCCUCUGACUCUACGCUGUUUAGAUCGCAAGUCCUCAAUCCUCCGAGCUGAUUUCUAUAAAGAUGGAACAGUUCUCCAGACACAGACUACAGGAGAGAUGAUCAUCCAUAAUGUCUCAAAGUCAGAUGAAGGUUUCUACAACUGUAAACACACAGAGAGAGAAGGAUCACUGAAAAGCUGGGUCUCAGUCAGACGAAUCCCUUCUAAAUCUACAGAUGGUGCAGUAGGAUUAUCAGUAGGACUGAGUUUGUUCUUCCUCAUUCUCAUUGUUUUACUGAUCUUAAUGAUUCUCCUCUGGUACUACAAAAUGAAGAAAGAAAAGCAGCAGAAACUCAAUCAGACAUCAGAGCAGAAUCAGAACCGGUCAGGAGCUGAAGACUCUCAGUCAGGACACACACCACCUCAGGCUGGAACUGAAAACGUUUAUGCCUCUGUAGAUCAGGCGGAUAUGAGUGGAACAGGUGAAGCUGCAGCUGAGAGCAAUGAAGCCAUUUACUCACUGGUCACAAAUAAACAGAUAAACAGAAACAACGGUGCUGAUGCUCACAACAUCUGUGAUGUGAUGUAUGCUGAUCUCGAACUAAAACCAGUGAAAAAGAAAAAGAGAGUAGAAGAGAAUGUCAGUGUGGGUGAUGAGACUGUAUACUCAGAGCUGCAGCAGAAGUGACCUAUAUAUCUUCACACUGAAUAAGCUACAGUUAUCAAACAGAUGCAUGAAAAACAGAAUUGUUUCAUCUUCCUGGUCAUCUUGCUUUUCCUGAAACUCCCAGCAGUGAAACAGUGCUAUGUUCUAAGUUCAGAUGAUGCUGGAUCCACCAACUGGAUAUCCCAGAAGUGUGACUCACAUAUUAGGCUUUAUUGAUUAUAGUUUUUGACUUCUUUACUAUGGCUCAUCACCUGGAAACACAGAAGUUAAACAGAUAUUGUCAGGAUUUUUUUUUACUCACCUUUGAUUUCACAGUUUAUCAUGUGGAUGUUUGAAAUGUGUCUGAUCUUUCUUUUGGGUCAUGGAAGGGGGCCUACGUAUGGCUGGGGUCAUAUUGUCCUAAGUAUUGGGAAAACAGAUGUUUGAUUGAUUGAAUAUUGCAGCUUUGAAAAAUAAAUCUUCAAAAAUUUAAAUCUUGAACAGGAGUUGAGAACAUCUAGACUGGAUUACUGCAUAUAUAACUGGCUGUAAUGUUGUUUCUUUAAGAGAACAGAAAUGUUUGUGUUGUAUAGAUCCCAAAUGCUAGAAAAGUGUUUCAGAGAACAUUUUUAAACACUUAUUAUUAUUAUUAUUAUUAUUAUUAUUAUUAUUAUUAAACAAAUUUGACUAUUUAUAAUCCAUAUUUGUAUUAUCGAAUAUACUUAACAUGUAGCAGCAUAUAUUUAUAGAUAAUUCAUGACAGCUUUAGAAAACAAUUUUAUUUUUAUUUUAUUUUAUAGUUUUUUUUAUGUAUUAAAAU